ACAUAGAUCAAGCGUUCGAAAAGUUCAGACUUUCUAAGUUUUUGUGAAUUUUUCAAGAUGUUUUCUCAAUCUAACCCGCUGAAUGUGAUUCCAGACUAUGUGGAGAGGAAAGGYUCGUUAUUUUUGCGUUCAGAUCACAUGGAUUACAGCCGCCCAACUCUUGUUUCAAACUGGCAUCAGGCAAGAGAAGCUGAACCCAAGGACUAUGAUCUAAGGGACUACGAUCCAGAAAAAAGAAAGCUUCACAAUUCUACAUACAAUCGAAUAGGSAAUGUGACAACAGGGUCCUUACCUAGCACAACAAGCCAUGACCAAAUGGAGCAGUCUGUWUUAUUAAAGAAAGAUUUUGAAGAAAGAGAAACUAGACUACCAUUGGUCAAUAUGUCAACUCUUAAUGAUGUUAACUUUUCAACUAAAAGAGACACAGGUGCACCUGAAACUGGUUUUGGAAGUGUUUUACCAAGGCAUCACCCUGAACAUAGCAAGAGAUAUCUCGAUACAACAUAUGUAGUGGAUUACAUGGCGCCAUAUCCGUACAAACAAGCAAAGACACCACCACCAGAACAAGAUACGUCACCAAUGUGGAAGAAAUGCCACUCUCAAUUUACAGACAUUGACGACUACCGUCGCCAUGGACACAACACCUGGAUGAACGAAUCAGGCAUGUAUGCCAAUACUGACAUGAAAAGAGAAUUUAUCAAGCCAACUGACACCAUCCCAGAGAGACUUUCAUGAAAAUUAUGCAAAUGAUAAUUAUUUUUAAAGAUAUUUUAAAGUGCUAUUAAUUUAUGUCAAUGAGAAAUUGUUAAUUUUGUUCAAUAAAAUGAUGAAUGUGUAUAUGAACACAAUGAAAAAUUAAAGUGAUCUGAAUCAG